UUUCAGUUUGCUUUCUAACAUUGAAUAAAUGUGUUUCAUAUACUCAUACAUUAACGAGUGAGAAAAGGAAAUAAAACUUUCUUUUUUUGUCAUUUAUAAAAGAAGAAAAUAAAUCAAUCUACUGUAAAGUGUACUGCAAAGGACCAAGACAGGCUAAUUUAAUCUAUUUUAUGUUCCAGUGUUAAUGAAAUAGAUACUGCAUAAGUGGUGUACGCAGGAUGUACACAUGAAUUUCCCUAGCUCAUGAGGUAAAACUACUGUAAAUAAUCUGUAUUAAAUACAGAACUGUGAAUUCCGCAAUUGGUAUUAUUCAUAAUAAUUACAUUUUUUAAAUUUUAUCAUCUCCAAGAACGCAUCUCCAAAUUUACAUGUUUUUCUCUAUGGUGUUUUUCUUAGUCGAAUGUAGAAUUGUUUUAUGCACCACAUAUUUCAAAGUCUUAUUUCACCAAAUCGCGCUUUAUUGAGCAAUGUUUUAUUCGCUUAAACAUUUUUUAAAAAUGGUGGCCAGUGUUGGACUGAACAUGUCCAAUUCACACCCAAAUUUGGAAUGGCUAACUAUUCGCAACCACAGCCGUGCUCAUGCAUGAACCCCACUGCCGAUUCGAAGAGUGUAGACACUUGCGGUUCUCUGUGGAAAUACGUGAUGAUAGCAGCGUUUCUUCUUUUCACAGUGCAGCCCACAGCUACGCUUAGUUCAGAGGAAACUGAGUUAGUCAGUUUAAUAUGCCGCUCUGCCAUGCAGUCCACAGGCCUUAACUGACUGAUCCUUCCCAUACUCUGGGUGAUGCAAUUGUCCAUUUGGCAUUGCCCUAUGGAGCUACCAUGCCCCACAGUGUGGUGCCUUAACCAAAUGAGCCAACCAGCAGCUAUGAUUUAUGCACUUUUUGGACUUUAUCUUCCACCCUUUGGGCCAUUUAAAAGCUAAAAGCAGGCUGUGCUGUCCCCCUUACAAAGUAGCUACAGUGUGUCUGGGACUGCUAUGUGCCUUCUUAGUGAUUGUCAUCAUUAUCCUGUUUGUCUACAAGGAGCAGGUGAAACCCAAGGUCUGCCCGCCAGAGUGGAUUGGAUUCAACACCAGCUGCUACUACAUCUCCUCCAGCAGGAAGUCCUGGAACGACAGUCAGGAAUACUGUGCAGAGAGGGGGGGACACUUAGCCAUUAUACACACGCCAGAGGAACAGACGUUUCUGUUUAACCAGCUGGCCCCAGGUUACUGGAAUGCGUACUGGUUUGGGGUCAGUGAUGAAAAGGCAGAGGGUGACUGGUUCUGGGUGGACGGGACCAAACUUGUUAGAGGCUUCUGGAUAGAUGGCGAGCCCAACAACAACAAUGAUGAGGACUGUGGCUAUAUGGUGAAGACUUGCAAUGCAAGCAUACUGACCCUGGGAAGCUGGAACGAUGCACCUUGCAACAUGUCCUGCCCGUGGAUAUGUGAGGCUCCGAUCAGUUAGGUACAGGCAUUUGCGCUGGAAAAUGGGAAUGUGCCCAAGCAUUGACUUCAGAACCAGAAGACUUUAGGACAGCAGUUUUAUAGCCAAUAAAAAUGGUGCCCAUUUUGGAGCCUCAGUAGUUUCUGUGCAGGUCAGAUAGUGACAGUAAGGAGAUGUAUCUUUUGAACAAUCUGAAUACAUAUUGGGAAAUGUUAUGUAACUCUGUUUAGUGUGGGUAUAGAGAGAAUAGUAUUGCUGAUUUGCCAGUAUCUGCUACAAAUACUGUAUAUUUUUUCAAAAUGUGUUAGCAAUGGGAGCUGGACUCUGUUUUUCACUGUCUAUAAAUAACAAUGUUUCAAAAGAA